AUGGAGGUCAACGAUGCAAGGGACCCUCAGGACAGCGCGCUGUGCUCGUUCCCGCUCCACUCCCUCGUCCAGCUCUCCCACGGCCUUGCGUCGCCGCAUUGGAUCGUCUACCCGAGCCACCUGCUCGCCUGCUGCGAGAGCGCGGCGUACAUCCUGCAGCACGGCGUCCCCACGAAGGACGAGGUCAGCGCGUUCCACCGCUUCCUGACCGACGUGCUCCCGGAGGCAACGCAGCGCAUCAUUUCCUGCUCCAAUCUUCCGGCGUGGAGCCCGGAGCUGCGGCGGGACUCGCUCCUGUCGUUCAUGGCCGCGGGCGACAUCGUCGUCGCGCUCGGGCGCCGGCGCGCGCAGCUGUCUGAGCUGGAGGCGGAGUGGCUGACGUGCACGCUGCGCGUCGUGGCCACCGCGCUGGCGCCGUUGACGGAGUUCCACGCCCACCACGCGUCCCAGCCGUGUCCGCCCGAGGCGACGUUCGGCGAUUCCUGGGCGACGUCGGAGCGCACGAGCGACGGCAGCCAGUUCGCGUGGCUCGUGGGCCUCCUCAACCGAUACGGCGCUUCGGGGACCAUCGAGACGUGUGCCCACAUUGUUGCAGAGCGCGGCGCUCCGUUCGCGGUCGUCGAGGCCGCCGCGCAGGCCCUGCACACCAUGCUGCACGACCUGGGCACUCUGCUGACCGCGCGCAGCCACAAAAUCGCCGUGGACGCCUUCCAGGCCGCCAUCGCGGGCGUGCGGCGCGCGGCCACGUCGGGCGACAUCGAGGCGCUCUCGCAGUGCGGCGACGACCGGAACUUGUCUGGGCUGUCGACGUUCCUGACGCGCUGCACGUCGGCGCUCUGUGCGGGCGUGGGCGUGGACGCGGCGAUCCCGCUGGCCGUGCGAACGCGCAUGCCGCUCGUCGAGGCGCUGCUGGCGCGGCGCGGGUUCAGUCCGUCGCUGUGCGGCGCGCGGGAGCUCAGCGCGGUGCUGCAGCUUCUGAGCCGGGGGCGGGGCGUCCUGAGCGACGACACCCCGGGGGGGCUCGGGCAGGAGGCGCGGGAGUGGCUGGGCCGGCUGACGGUGUCGCGGCGGCUCCUGCAGUCGCACCUGCACCAGGCGCAGUACAUGCGGGAGGUGCGCAAGGUAUUUUUGGAGCUCGCGGAGCUCGACAUGCUGCCGCGGGAGGCGCUGGAGGACUUGUGGCGCAUCGUGCAACGCCCCGACACCUUCCCGGCGGUCCGCGAGAGCCUCCUCGAGCUCCUCGCGGACCUCGCGCCGGCCCUCCCGGGCGACAGUCAGGCCGACCUUCUCGGCCGCGUCAGGGCCAUGCUGACCACAGGCGCCGAGGGGGCGCGGCAGGCCGGCGCGGUGCUCAUCCGCGCGGCCGAGGGCGACGGCAGCCGGCAGGCGGCGAUGGCGCGCGGGCUGCUGGACGCGCUGUGGCAUAUGCGGGUGAGCGAGUCGACGCGGCAGGAGUGGAGCCAGGUCGAGGCGGCAACGGCGUGCGUGCUCGAGGCGUACGGCAAGGCCUCGAAGCCCGCGCCCGCGGAGGAGUUCGUCCGGCGGCUGUUCGGGCUGCUGUGCGAGGGGGAGGCGAAGGAGUGGCGGGCGGCCGCGGCGAUGCUGGCGGCGGUGCUGCAACGGCUGCGCUACUUGGAAGAGGGCCACGGAGACGGGGAGCCGAUCCGGCUGUCCGGGUCCGUGCCGGCGGGCGCGCGCGAGCAGCUGCUGUCGCUGAUCGCGUCGUGCGCGGAGGAGGACCGCGGGACGGCGCUCGACGCGCGGUCGAGCGUGGCGUGUCUGCUGACGGUGCUGACGCACCACCACCGCAUCACGAAGACGAGCAUCGGCACGGAGGACCUCGACCGGAUCUGGGCGGCGAUGGGCGCGGCGCGCGUCGCGGCGUCGGGCCCGCGCGAGCGCGCGGCGGCCCUCGACUGCUUUGCCGAUUACUUUUUGCAAGCAGUCGACGAUUUCUCGAACGACGUGCUCCUGCGGCUCCUCGAGCAGCACCUGCGCGCCCUCGACGUCGACGACAUCACGAACGCCGCGCUCGCCCUCGUCUUCCAGGGCAUCCGCGCCUACCAGGCCCGGCUGGGCGCCCCAGGCGACGCCGCGCACCUCCCCGGGUUCGAAACGAUAUGGGCGUGCGCCCUGCGCGCGACGUCGCCGGAGCUGUCGCACACGGCGAUCAAGGUCGCGAUCAACCUGCACCAGGGCGACGUCGCGGGCGACAUGCGGCAAAAGAACUCCCGCGCACUCACGGCGCGGUGCGCGCAGGAGCUUGCGCUGUGCGCGGCGGCCCUGGACGCAGGCGGCGCAGCGGCUGCGGAGGCCGACGCUCGGGCCGCGCGGUGCUGCCGCGUGCUGCACCUGGUGGUCGCCGGUGCGCGGGACGCGCUGCGGGGCGUUCCGACGCUGCGCCCGCACAGCGCUGCGUUCAAGGCCUCGCUGGGCGUCCGCGACUGCAGAGUGCACUACCCGAGCACGACGAUGCAGCGGCUCUCGGUGCGGUUCGACCCGAACACGACCGUCGCGGACCUGCGCGCGCAGAUUCUGGGCGGUAACGACGAAACGAGGCUUCGAUUGACCUAUGCGGGAACGCACGCACGCUGCAUCGGGCUGGACCGUGAGACCAUGGCGAGCAUCCGCAUGGCCGACGGCACCGAGCUGCGCCUGCUCGAGGGCACCGGCGCCGGCGCCGAGGGUGGCGCGAACUCGGCCGAGGACGAGGCUGCUGCGGCGUGGGUGGCGACGCACCCGUGGGUGCAUCGGUGCUUGCUCUUCUGCGCGGGGAGCGCAGCCGCGGGGCGCGACACGCACGUCGCGGCACAGCAAUGCCUCGACGACCUGUGGACGUGGAAAGCCACCGUCGACGGCGUCGAGGCGGCCCUCGGCGCGGCGUCAGACGACGGCUCGAACAGAGAGGGUCUGCGCGGGCUCCUGGAGGCGUCGCUGCGCGGGGAGGCUGCGGACGGCGCGCACGCCGACAACGGAGGCAGCAGGGACGCGAUGAGCGCGCCGCCCACGUCGCUCCCGUCGCUGCCGGGCCCGAACCCAACCGUGCUGCUGUACGCUCUCGAGGCGUUGCGCGGGCAGCUGGACCCCGUGACGGGCCCGACCGCUUUCUCGCUGCGGCGCGUCGAGCAGCUGACGGACUCCGGCGAGCUCCCCCUGGUCCUCGACGCGGUCCUGGGGGCCCUGUCGUCGGAGACGCCCCCCUGUCGGUACGACACGGGGCGGCGCCUGGUCGCGGCCGCGCUGGCGAUCGCGCGCACGUGCGGGUCGCCCGUCGCGGACGCGCACGCCGCGAAGGACGACGGCGGCCGGCGGCUCCGCGGCUUCGUGAACUUCGCGGCCCGCGCAGUGGUGUGGCUCCUGUCGAGCCCCGCCGCGAAGGCGUCCCCGGAGCUCGAGCUGCACACCGACGAGGUCGUGUGCGCGCUGCGGCUGCUGGGGAACGGCGUGCACGCGUCCCCGCACGGCGUGCGCGAGCUCAUCGAGUGCCCUGUCAGCGCGGACCUCGUCGUGACGGCGCUGGUGAGCGCGGCACCGCAGGCAAUCGCGUCGGCGUGCCGGCGCAUGCUGCUGAACAGCGCAAUGGCGCACGACUCGAGCGACGACGCGAGCGUGCCGGACGCAGUCACGUGGAUCUUCCAGCGGCUCUCCGACGCGUACGACGCCACGUGCGGCCAGGGCGACGCCGCCACGCCCAACCCCGCGCAGCAGGUGCAGUUGUUUCUCAUUGUGCAGGCAGCGGCCUCGCGCGCGGCGAACGACUCGUCAGCGCCGCCGCACGUCGUCGAUGCGCGUCGGUCCUUCGCGCGGAAGUGGCUCGCGCGCCUCACGCAGGCCGUCCCGCGGAGCGCGCGGGACGACAUCGCGCCGCCGCACCAGGAGUGGCUGAGGCAGCUGCUCACCGCGACCGAGGCGCUCGUGCGCUUCGUCGGCGCGCCGAGCUCGAGCACGCCGGCGGAGGAGCCGCUCGUGGAGCGCUGCCUCGCGAUGCUCUUCCCGGAGGCCAUCGCGCAGCCUGGCCUGGCGACGCUGGUGGGCGCGGCGCCCGCGGAGCUCCCGCGGCUGGCCCGCGCGAACGGCAUGAGCCGCCCGGAGUCGGUGCCCGUCGUCGCGUGCCACUCGCCCGCGGCUCGCUCCGCGGCCAUGGCGGUGCUCGUCGCUAUCGCGCGCGCCAGCCUGCGCGACAAUGCGCGCAUCUGCGACAAGCUGUACGAGCUCCACCUCGAGCGCCUGCAGGCGCGGUCCGUCAACCUGCAGCCCUCGCUGCUUCCACCGCAGCCCAGCGGCUACGUCGGCCUCAAGAACGCCGCGGCGACGUGCUAUAUGAACAGCGUGGUCCAACAGCUCUUCAUGCAGCCCUCGAUCCGCGCCAACGUCCUCGGGACCCCCGCGCCGGGCGUGGACUUUGAUCUCACGCAGAACGGCGGGCCCGGCGCGCCGUCCGCGUCGGCGGGGGAGGAGUCGAUGCACGAGCAGCUGCGCGACAUCUUUGCGCACCUGGCCAUGUCACGGCAGGAGUACUUCAUCCCGCAGGCGUUCUGGCGCGCGUACAAGGACUACGACGGCAACCCGAUCGAUGUGCACGAGCACCAGGAUGCGUACGAGUUCGUCACGCGGCUGGCGGACAUGGUGGACCAGCCCCUGCUGGACGUGCGGCUGCGGCCGGCGCUGCAGUCGGUUCUGGGCGGGACCUUCGUCCACAAGGUCGCUUCGCGCGACCCGGACGGGUGCAACUGCCGCAGCGAGUCCACGGAGGGCUUCAUCAACGUCUCGGUGGACGUCGCGGGCCACUCAGGGCUGAUUGAGGCGCUGCGCGCGUACGUGCGCACGGAGCUGCUCGAGGGCGACAACCGCUACCACUGCGAGCCAUGCGGGCGCAAGGUCGACGCCAGCCGGCGCACGCUCUUCCGCGGGCUCCCGCACACGCUCCUGGUGCACCUCAAGCGGUUCGACUUUGACCACGACACCUUCCAGCGGCUGAAGAUCAGCGACCGGUUCGCGUUCCCGCGCGACCUCGACAUGACGGAGUUCACCGAGGCCGGGGAGGCCGAGCUCAGCGCCCACGGCAGCGUGGACACCGCCGCGGGCUGCCAGUACGAGCUGCGCGGCGUGGUGGUGCACUCCGGGAGCGCGUUCGCGGGCCACUACUACUCGUACAUCCAGGAGCGUGUUCCGGGCGAGGGCGGCGUGCCGACGGGCGGGCAGUGGCUGCGGUUCGAUGACACCUUGGUGACGCAGUGGGACAUUGAGGCCCUGGAGGAGGACUGCUACGGCGGGACAGCGACGGUCGGCGGCGCGACGAUGCUCCGGCCGAACAGCGCGUACAUGCUGGUGUACGAGCGCGUCGGGGACCCGGAGCCGUGCACGUCGCCCGAGGCGGCGGCGGCGGCCGCGAGCGCGGCCACGGCGUCGACGAUGCGUGCCGCUGCGCCGGAGGCCGCUACGUCGCCUGGAAGCGAGGUCGAGAAGAAGCUCGCGCUCAAGGACGUCGAGUUCGGGGGCUGGCCGGCCCGCGUCCCGGGCAGGAUCCACUCUCGCAUCGUCUUGGAGCGGCUCCUCGCGCUGCAGGAGCACCACACGCUCUGCAGGGACUACUGCACUCUGGUCAUGCGCCUGACCCAGAUCGGCUGCAAUGCACUGCACUCCUCCCCUCCCCCGCGCCCCACGGCGGAGCUCGCCUCCCCGCACAAGCGCCCGCGUACCGACCCCACCCAGACCGCCGACUGGAACCACCUCGCCGCGGCCCUCAGCUGCGUCGUGGCGGGGUUCCUUUUCGGGAUCUUCCUGCGCGUGCCCGACAGCGUGCACCCGUCGACCGCCACGAACCCCUCGUCCGAGGACUCCGACGACCAGGACGAGGAGCUCCCGGGCGGCGUCGAGCUCGCUCCGGCGGUCUGCUCUUGCAGCCCCGAGUGCGCCGCGAUGUUCCUGAGAGCGGCGGCGGCGCUGCGGUCCCCGGAGGGCCGCGCGCGCCACGGCUUCGGCGAGGACGAGUUCAUGCCGCCCGCGGUGACGCUGUCGGAUCUGUGCGUUCACGGCGGCGGUGCGGCGCCCACUGCGGCGGGCGACGCGCUGGCGGUGGCCACGACGAACGCCAGUGACCUGAUGACCAGCCCGGGCUCGGAGACCGGCGUCGCGGCGGUGGAGGCGCUCGAGGAGAUCGUGGCGGCGACGCUGGAGCACUUCGCGAUGAUCGUGCCGUCGAGCACGAACACCACGCGCCGGGCCAAGCUGGCGUUCACCCUGUCGCUCAACCUGCAGGAGCUGCUGGUGCGCCUGCUGCAGAUCCCGGUCGGCGCCGAGGUCGUUCUGCGGGUGUGCGUCGAGGAUCACGCGUCCCCUGACAGUAAGGGACUCGGCGUCGCGCUCAUGCGCAUGUGUCAGGAGCUCGCGUGCGCGCUGUCCAACAGCGCCGUGCAGAGCGUGCAGCGCAGGAGCGACGCAGAGCGCUGCGGCCUCGCCGCGCUCAUCGAGAUCGCGAAACGCAUCGACUGCCGCGGCGAUCCCGCCGUCGGCCAGGCCCACCCGCACAAGGUCGCGUGGGAGGCGCGCCGCGGCCAGGCGCGCAGUGUGUGCUGGUACCACGACGCAAAGUUCGCGUUCGACGUCUUUAACGACACCGAAGUGCUCUGGAACGUGUGCGACACGGCGCUCGAGCCUGGCAACGGCAACGCCGCGGACGCCAUGACCUACCUUGACCUGGUGUGCCACGGGAGGGCCGAUCUCUCGCGAGUUGUGGGGUAUCACCUGCUGGCUUCGAUGCAGCCCGUGGCCGCGCUGAACGACGGGCAGGGCGGGGGCAGCGGCCGGCGCGCGUCGCCGCGGUAUGCGGCGGUGUUCGACCUGGAGCCCGCGGGCGACGACCGGGAGGACUACGGGCCGCCGACGCUGUUUUGUAUGAUGCAGCUGGUGCGGUACGUGUGCGUCAGGGACACCCUGCAGCUCACGGCUUACAGGCUCCAGUACCUGCUGACGUGCGAGCCGGUCGGCGACGACGAGGCGGCGCAGGAGGGCCUGAUCGCCCUCAUGGACUGCGCACUGGAGGAGGGGCGGCUCUGCGCGGGCGUGCUGCGGCUCAUAGGCAUGCUGGCCAACGCCGUCGGGGUCGACAACUUCGCGCGGCUGCUCCUGGCCAUCAGCACCAAGUACGCCCGCCAGGACGCGCCCACGGACCCCCUGUCGCUACUCGCCGCGGCACUCUGUCAGACCAAGUCGUACGGCAGCAAGCGCGACGGAUGGGACGAGAGCGCGUCGAAGGCGGUUCUUCCGCCCCGGACCCGCCCCCCGCUCGCGUACCAAGGGCAGCUGCGGCAGUGGCGGACCGUCGUGGACACAGCCGUGCUGCCAGGCGCGGAGGCUGCCGCGGCGGUGCUGGACGUCGAGGCGGUGCUGCGGGCCGUGGCGGCGAUGCCGCAGUGCCCGCGCUCGUACGAGGAGAUCAUGCAGGCCGGGCAAGGCAUCGCGAUCGACGUCGUGACGCUCGUUGCCGAGCAGGACGGGCCGAACGUAGUGGGCGCCGAUCAGGAGGGCAUGGCGCUGUCUGACGCGGGCUCCGGACGGGAGGGGACUGGCGCAGAGGGGGAUAGGAACGGCGGGCCGAGCACGCCUGGGCAGGCGCAGAUCGGUCCGCAGGAGAGGCCAGCGGGUGAGGGGUUCGACGGAGACGGGCUGGCGGACUCGCCGCAGAGCAGCCACGGGUACCAGGCCGCGGCGCAGUGA